ACGCAUGCGUGGUAGUGCAUCCAGUCCGAGGAGGCCGGUAGUUGGGGUCGGCUGGCGGGAGGUCUGGGGCUGGGUGGCGAUGGCCAGACCACAGUUGGCAGAAGACAUGGGCACGGAUGAACAUGUGAGGGUCACAUCUCAGAAGAAACCAGGCUUCCUGGAUCGUCUCGGCGAGACCACGGGGGGAAUGCUGGUGGGAUUGGCAGCCUUCCUGCUCUCCUUCUACCUCCUCUUCACAAAUGAAGGAAGGUGUGUGCGGACACAGAAGUCCCUGGACGAGGGCCUCUCCCUCGUUGUCCACUUGAACGAUAUCUAUAGCCCAACGCCGCUGAAUGACGGGAAGCUGGUGCACUUGAUUGGACCUCUCAUGACGACACAGCCCCUUUACGAUCCAAACUACGGCAUCUCGCUCCACGUGGUGAAGCUGCAGCGGCGGGUCGAGAUGUACCAGUGGGUGGAAUAUGGCGACUCGAGGGAUUACGAAGAGAAUGGUGAAAAGAAGACAGAGACCCGCUAUUCGUACGAUACCGAGUGGAAGUCUGAGGUUGUCAGCAGUAGGAACUUUGAUCGGGAAGUUGGACACAAGAAUCCAAGUUCCAUGGCCGUUGAAUCGCUCACAGUGGUGGCUCCUGUCGUUAACCUGGGCAACUUCUACCUCUCCAAAGGACUAAUUGAGAAAAUUCAGAGCUUUAAGAAGAUGCCACUGAGCAAGUUUGAGGCCCCCCAUGCGGAUAUCACUGUGCUGGAUGAUUACUUCUACCACAGCAGAAACCCCAGGAGCCCAGAGGUUGGGGAUGUCCGUGUGUCCUUCCAUUACGCAGGGCUGAGCGGUCAGUGGUCUUUCCUGGGACCGCCCUACACGGUGACGGUAGUGGCUCGCCAGCAGACCAACGCUCUGGCCGCCUACUCCACGCGGGCGGGGAACCAUCUGGAAAUCCUGUACGAGGAGCAGCUCUCAGCCACGGAGGUGUUUGAGAGGGAACACGCGGCCAACUCCACGCUGACCUGGGCACUGCGAAUCGCCGGCUGGCUGCUCAUGUUCGUCGGCCUCAAGCUGAUGGUCCGUAUCCUGCACACUCUGGUGGACUGGCUGCCGAUUGUCCGUGACCUGGUCAGCCUGGGCCUGACGGUCUUUGCACUGUGCGUGGCCACCUCGCUGAGCUUGCUGACGGUGGCCGUGGGCUGGGUCUUCUACCGACCGCUGCUGGCUCUGCUGUUGACGUUGCUGGCUCUCCUCCCCAUGCUGAUGGCGAAAGCCCGUGACCGGCCCAAGACCUUGUGAGCCCAGCAGCGGUCACUGGCCCGUGGGUCUGCCCACCUCCACCGUGCAGUGUCUCACAGACCCACGGGUCUGGUCUACCAACGCACUUUCUCUGCUGCCGUGUCUAUUACGGGCCCACUGUUCCCAUCCAGCUACACAUCUCCACUGUGCCGUCUCCUCCAUCACAGAUUUGUGAGUCUGGCCCACACACACACACCUCCACCAUGCAGUGUCCAUCACUGGGCCACAGUCCCAUCCGCCUACAUAUCUCCACUGCUGUCGUUUCCUCUGCCACCGGGUGAUCCCGGUAAACCACUAUACCAAGAAAACCUACAACAGUCCCCCUACCUUGAAGCCCCUCGCCCAUAUUCAGUGGCGAAGGGGUCAGGACUGAUCUAUGCUGACCAGGACCACGGGCACCUGUUGUUGUUGUACCGCCGGCUACCAAUGUCCCGGUGACCAUCUCACUCACGAUGCAGGGCAGCUGCCGAGAGUUUGGCACCGUUUGCUUCUUCAUUCGCGUUCCAGUUCUACGAGGGGUUGGGAUAUUAUGGGCAACUUUUCUUAAGAAAAAAAUAAAACAAUCAAUGUA